GGGCGGCAGUGGCUAAGCGCGACCGUGCGCGCCGGCGCUCACUCGAAGCCGCGAGCCGCCUGGAGCCUCCUCUCUCUCUGCGAGGCCCGCGCUGCCGGUCAUGUCUUUGAGGGGCAGCCUUUCGCGUGUCCUCCGGAUGCACGCGCCUUCCGUGCUGAAGAAAUCCGUCCACUCCGUGGCCGUGAUAGGAGCCCCUUUCUCUCGUGGACAGGGGAAAAAAGGAGUGGAGUAUGGUCCCGCUGCCGUUAGAGAAGCUGGCUUGAUGAAAAGGCUCUCCAGCUUGGGCUACCGCCUAAAAGACUUUGGAGAUUUGAGCUUCACUCCAGUUCUCAAAGAUGAGCCCUUCAACAAUCUGGUAGUCAAUCCGCGCUCAGUGGGCCUCGCCAACCAGGAACUGACCGAGGUGGUUAGUGGCGCGGUGUCAGACGGCUACAGCUGUGUCACCGUGGGAGGAGACCACAGCCUGGCAAUCGGUUCUAUUAGUGGUCACGCCCGGCACUGCCCAGACCUUUGUGUCAUUUGGGUUGAUGCCCAUGCUGACAUCAAUACACCCCUCACCACUGUAUCAGGAAAUCUCCAUGGACAGCCAGUUGCAUUUCUCCUCAGAGAACUACAGGACAAGAUACCACCACUCCCAGGCUUUUCCUGGAUCAAACCUUGUAUCUCUUCCCCAAACAUCGUGUAUAUUGGCCUAAGAGACGUGGACCCUCCGGAACACUUUAUUUUAAAGAACUAUGAUAUUCAGUAUUUUUCCAUGAGGGACAUUGAUCGACUUGGUAUCCAGAAGGUCAUGGAACAGACAUUUGAUCUGCUGAUUGGCAAAAGACAAAGACCAAUCCACCUGAGUUUUGACAUUGAUGCUUUUGACCCUACGCUGGCCCCAGCCACAGGAACCCCUGUGGUAGGGGGACUGACCUAUCGAGAAGGCGUGUAUAUUGCUGAAGAAAUACACAAUACAGGGUUGCUGUCCGCACUGGAUCUGGUUGAGGUCAAUCCUCACUUGGCCACUUCGGAGGAAGAAGCAAAGGCGACAGCCAGCCUUGCGGUGGAUGUGAUUGCUUCAAGUUUUGGUCAGACAAGGGAAGGCGGGCACAUCAUCUACGACCAACUUCCUACUCCCAGUUCACCAGAUGAAUCAGAAAACAAAGAACGUGUGCGGAUUUAGGAAAUACUGCACGCUGGAGCGUCUCACAGUGGGCAUUCCAGAGCUGUGAGGCAUUUUGAGGGGACAGAUAUAAAUGGCUAUCUGGGUCAAUACUGCCUUAAUGAGAACAUCUGUGCAUUCUCACAACUGUAAAGUCUCCCCUCUCUCUUUUGGUGACCAACAGUACCACUGUAAAUGCAUUUGGUUUUUUGCAGUUCACAAGGUAUUAAUGUAGUAUUAUGUAAAUUUGAAGAGAUCAUAAACAUUUAUUACCUUGGUAUAUCA